AUGAUUGACGAGACUGGUUCUAUCAAUUCUUCAUUAUCACCAGGUCUUCCACGUACAGCUCGAACUAAUGCUACCAUCAACAAGACCAAGCAGAAGCUACAACAAAAUAAGGUAUCAACUAGAAAACUUGCACUUGAACUAGAAUCAGAAGAUACUCUCGAUCUACCUGAUGAUGAAAAUUCCGAUUCGGAUUAUGAUAAUGAAACUGAAGAUGAAGAAGAUCAAAAAGCACUUGGUAACCAUCAAUUUACUUUAGAACAUACGGAAAAUGUUGUUAGUUUUGCACGUCCAGGUAUUUCCUUCACAACAGUACAACAUGCGUAUCCGCGGGUCACACAUUCUAUGCAAUUGAAACGAUUUCGAGAAUAUGUUGCAAGUAAUGGAAAUCGACAACAAAAACUAAGACGAAUAGCAACUAUCGUAUUUGAAAGAUUUCGACGUGCUCGAGAAAAAAUAUUUACCUGUACAUGA